GUUGGAACGAUAACUCUUGUUUGUUAAAUUAAAUUUUACUGAAGCUGGUUUUUUUUUCCCCCAAGAUAAGAUUUAAACCCUGCACUCGAGGGCUCAGUACCCGAAAACAACCAUGGAGAGGAAAAUACUUCCCAUUUACUUGUUGUUGCUGCUUUCUGUUUUCUCGAUUCAGCAAGUUUCUUCUCAAGAUUUAUCAAGCUGUGCAGGGAGAUGUGGGGAAGGGUAUUCUAGAGAUGCCACCUGCAACUGUGAUUAUAACUGUCAACACUACAUGGAGUGCUGCCCUGACUUCAAGAAAGUCUGCACUGUAGAGCUUUCCUGUAAAGGCCGCUGCUUCGAGUCCUUUACAAGAGGGAGGGCGUGUGACUGUGACUCAGAAUGUAAGAAGUACGGCAAGUGUUGUUCCGAUUAUGACAGUUUUUGUGAAAAAGUGCACAGUCCUGCGUCACCACCACCUUCAAAGUCUGCACCUCCACCUCCAGGAGCAACUCAGACUAUCAAAUCAACAACCAAACGUUCACCCAAAUCAUCAAGCAAGAAGACUAAGAAAGUUAUAGAAUCAGAGGAAAUAACAGAAGUAAAAGACAACAAGAAGAAAAGAACCCCUAAACAGAAACCUACCCCACAACCACCAGUAAUAGAUGAAGCUGGAAAUGGACCGGACAAUGGUGAUUUCAAGCUCACCCCAACUCCUGACAUUCCCAGCACUCAACAUAAUAAAGUUACCACAACUCCCAAGAUUACAAUAGUAAAACCGAUACCUUCUAAACCCAGUAUUCCACCUAAUUCUGACACAACUAAAGAGACACCUUUGACAGCCAAUAAGGAGACAACAGACGAAACUAAAGAGACUUCUACAACAAAUAAACAGACUUCAACUACUGCAAAAGAGAAGACUACUUCAGCUAAAGAGACACAAAAUGCAGAGAAAACACCUACUAAAGAUUUUGCACCCACAUCUGAAGUUCCUGCUACAUCUACACUCAAAGCUGAAACUAUAAGCAAAUCCCCUGCUCUCACCUCUCCCAAGGAGCCAGAUCCCACCACCAAGGAGUCUACAUCCAUCACCACCAAAGAGCCAGUUCCCACCACCACCAAGGCGCCUGCUCCCACCACCACCAAGGAGCAAGCUCCCACCACCCUCAAAGAGCCAGCUCCCACCACCAAGGAAUCUACACCCAUCAACACCAAAAAGCCAGCUCCCACCACCACCAAGGAGCAAGCUCCCACCACCAAGGAAUCUACACCCAUUACCCCUAAAGAGCCAGCUCCCACCACCACCAAGGUGCCUGCUCCCACCACCACCAAGGAGCCAGCUCCCACCACCAAGGAAUCUACACCCGUUACCCCUAAAGAGCCAGCUCCCACCACCACCAAGGAGCAAGCUCCCACCACCAAGGAAUCUACACCCAUCACCCCCAAAGAGCCAGCUCCCACCACCACCAAAGAGCAAGCUCCCACCACCAAGGAAUCUACACCCAUCAACACCAAAGAGCCAGCUCCCACCACCACCAAGGCGCCUGCUCCCACCACCAAGGAAUCUACACCCAUCACCCCCAAAGAGCCAGCUCCCACCACCAAGGAAUCUACACCCAUCACCCCCAAAGAGCCAGCUCCCACCACCAAGGAAUCUAUACCCAUCACCCCCAAAGAGCCAGCUCCCACCACCACCAAGGCGCCUGCUCCCACCACCCCCAAGGAGCCAGUUUCUGCCACCCCCAAGGAACCUACUCCAAGUUCUCCUAAUACACCUGCUCCAACCACCUCAGAGGCCUCUACUUCAACUACCACCAUGGAGCCUACCACUACUUCCAAGGGCCCUGCUGAAUCAACUCCUGAGUUUCCUGUAGAACCCAUACCAAAGACUCUUGAAAACAGUCCCAAGGAGCCUGCUGUACCUACAACCAAGGCUCCUAAAGUGACCAAACCUGAAAUGACUACAACAGCUAAAGACAAGGCCACAGAAAAAGACACAACUGAUACCAUGGCAUCAUCCAAAAUUACUCUUAAAGCAACAACUCUUGCACCCAAAGUAAUGACAGCAACAAAACAGACAACUGAAGAGACUACAAGCAAACCGGAAUCAACAACAGCUAUACCAAAAGGUACAGCUACUAACUCUCAAGUGACAACUCCUAAACCCCCAAAACCAACCAAAGCACCCAAAAAGCUCACUUGUACCAAAAAGACAAAAACACCUAAAGUGAGAAAAGCAAAGACUACACCAACUCCCCCAAAGAUGACAUCAGCAAUGCCUAAAUCAAACCCUACUUCUUUAGCAGAACCCAAGCUCCAAACCACCACCAGCCCUAACCAAACUCUCAACUCAGAAAUAAUCGAAGUAAGUCCAAAGAAUGAAGAUGCAGAUGCUACUGAAGGAGAAAAACCUCACAUGAUUCCUAGGCCCCCUGUGUUAACUCCUAUAGUUAUUCCAGGCACAGAUUUCAUAGGGAGAGGACCCAGUCAAAGCAUUGGCAUCAACCCCAUGUUUUCAGAUGAGACUAAUUUAUGCAACGGUAGGCCAGUAGAUGGACUGACUACUUUGCGCAAUGGGACAUUAGUUGCAUUUCGAGGUCAUUAUUUCUGGAUGCUAAAUGCAUUCAGUCCACCAUCUCCACCUCGUAGAAUUACUGAAGUUUGGGGCAUUCCCUCCCCCAUUGAUACUGUUUUUACUAGAUGCAACUGUGAAGGAAAAACUUUCUUCUUUAAGGAUUCUCAGUACUGGCGUUUCACCAAUGAUAUAAAAGAUGCAGGGUAUCCCAAACUAAUUCCCAAAGGAUUUGGAGGACUAAAUGGAAAAAUAGUGGCAGCUCUCUCAAUAGCUAAAUACAAGAACAGACCUGAAUCUGUGUAUUUUUUCAAGAGAGGUGGCAGCAUUCAGCAGUAUACUUAUAAACAGGAACCCACCCAAAAGUGUACUAGAAGAAAUCUUGCUAUAAAUUAUUCAGUGUAUGGAGAAACGACACAGGUUAGGAGACAUCGAUUUGAACGUGCUAUAGAACCUUCUCAAACACACACCAUCAGAAUUCACCUUUCACCCAUCAGAGUCACUUAUCAAGACAAAGGUUUCCUCCAUAAUGAAGUUAAAGUGAGUACACUGUGGAGAGGACUUCCAAAUGUGGUCACUUCAGCUGUAUCACUGCCCAACAUCAGAAAACCUGAUGGCUACGAUUACUAUGCCUUUUCUAAAGAUCAAUACUAUAACAUCGAUGUGCCAACUAGAACAGCAAGAGCCAUUACUACUCGUUCUGGACAGACCUUACCUAAUGUCUGGUACAACUGUCCUUAGA